GUUUUGCUUUUGUUGUGGAAAACACUUCUCUUAUCUCUCGGAGGCAUUCAGAAACUCAAAGACACUAAGAGUUCGUACCGACAGAGAAGUGGUUUGAAUCCAAUAACGGACGACACGUUAGAAGUGACGCGAACUAUGAGAGCGGCCUCUCCUCCAGCGUCGGCCACAGACCUGAUUGAAGCCCAACAGCAGAGGAAAAUGAAUCGUCCGUUUAAGAGGCAGACUGUCAUCAAACAGAGUUCAAUGAUUGGCGACGAAUCGGUCUCUUAUCAGGACUUCGACGCAAACAAUGAGUCCAAUGACGAGGAGAUGAUUCGACCCCCAAAUGCGGCCAUUCCUAUGAACGAGAUGAACGAUAUGAUGGCAGACUUGCCUCAAAUCAAUAAAGGCCUUCCAUGGGUUCCCAAAGUCCGACAGAAAGACAUCGACUCCUUCUUAGAUCACACGAGACUUAAGUUCGUGGGAUAUGUUCUGCCGAACGACAGGACAACCACUGCAGGCCUUCCCGAACCCAUUCUCGAAAGCAUUUCAAUACUCGAGCGACACAUUUAUGUCUCGCUAUCGGAGGCGCAGAUGAAACGCGAGGAAGAGCUCAAUAAAUACCCGCUGACUGUCAAAGAGUUGGAUGAAUUACCACUGAGUUCUUCGGCUGAGACCUUAUAUCAAGCAAUGCUUCCGAGUUUACCUCAAUAUAUGAUAGCAUUGCUUAAGAUCCUGUUGGCGGCGGCGCCCACUUCGAAGGCGAAGACCGAUUCGCCGAAUAUCAUGGCAGACGUAUUGCCUGAAGAGAUGCCGAUGACUGUCCUCCAGUCCAUGAAAUUAGGAAUAGAUGUGAACCGACACAAAGAGAUCAUUAUAAAAGCGGUUUCCGCCAUACUUUUGCUGCUACUAAAGCACUACAAACUCAAUCAUAAAUGGGUUCCCAAAGUCCGACAGAAAGACAUCGACUCCUUCUUAGAUCACACGAGACUUAAGUUCGUGGGAUAUGUUCUGCCGAACGACAGGACAACCACUGCAGGCCUUCCCGAACCCAUUCUCGAAAGCAUUUCAAUACUCGAGCGACACAUUUAUGUCUCGCUAUCGGAGGCGCAGAUGAAACGCGAGGAAGAGCUCAAUAAAUACCCGCUGACUGUCAAAGAGUUGGAUGAAUUGCCACUGAGUUCAUCGACUGAGACCUUAUAUCAAGCAAUGCUUCCGAGUUUACCUCAAUAUAUGAUAGCAUUGCUUAAGAUCCUAUUGGCGGCGGCGCCCACUUCGAAGGCGAAGACCGAUUCGCCGAAUAUCAUGGCAGACGUAUUGCCAGAGGAGAUGCCGAUGACUGUCCUCCAGUCCAUGAAAUUAGGAAUAGAUGUGAACCGACACAAAGAGAUCAUUAUAAAAGCGGUUUCCGCCAUACUUUUGCUGCUACUAAAGCACUACAAACUCAAUCAUAUCUAUCAGUUUGAAUACAUCAGUCAACAGCUAAUGUUUGCCAAUUGUAUUCCAUUGGUUCUGAAGUUUUUUAACCAAAACAUCUCCGCCUAUAUCACCGCCAAAAAUACCAUUUCAGUCAUUGACUUCCCGGCCUGUGUUAUAGGCGAGCAGCCGGAGCUCACGGCUGAUACGCUCGAGUUCGGGGAGACUCAGGCCUAUUGCUGGAGGAAUAUGUUUAGUUGUAUUAAUUUGCUUCGCAUUCUCAACAAGCUAACCAAAUGGAAACACUCCAGGAUUAUGAUGUUAGUGGUGUUCAAGUCGGCCCCCAUUCUCAAGCGGGCCCUCAAAGUACGCCACGCGAUGUUGCAGUUGUAUGUCUUGAAACUGUUGAAAAUGCAGGCCAAGUACUUGGGAAGACAGUGGCGCAAGUCCAACAUGAAGACCAUGAGUGCGAUCUAUCAGAAAGUGAGACAUCGGCUUAACGACGACUGGGCCUAUGGUAACGACUUAGACGCCCGUCCCUGGGAUUUCCAGGCCGAGGAGUUCACUCUUCAGGCAAACAUUAAUCGUUUCCAUAACCGUCGAUAUGAGAAACAGUGCACUACUGGUGUCUCUCAGUCCCAACUGUUGUCUAAUUCAUCGGUCAAUUCAAACCCCAAUUCUACAAACUCCAUGUCCUUAGACGCCAUGUCAGCAGAUAUUCUACAACCGGUUGACAACAACUUCCUCUCAAUUCUAAGCCGAGACAUAGAACUGACAAAAGAAUUUAAAUACAAUUACGAGACAUGGCUUGAGAGAGAAGUUUUCCAAUUCACCGUCGAUUGGGAUCAGCUAUUGUCGGCCACCAAUACUGUCAGCAUGUAA